GUGCAAAAGGGGGUCAAAUCUUCCCUUCGGGUUGUGAAUCUUCUGGACGAGGAAAGUGACGAGGAAGCACCUUCGGUUCUCGUGAAGGUUCAGCCCAGGGGAGGGGUGGAGCACCCCCCCAGCUCUUGCUUGAAGAGAUGUCAUCCCCAGAGAAGGAUGAUGACAUGGAGAGGGGGAAGGAGGUUCCCAUUGGAGGAUCCAAGGGUGCUGACGGGAAGGAUGAUUUCAUGGGGGGCCCGAGUGAUUCGAUUGCUUUACAGACCGGCGAAGAUGACAAAGCCCAAGGGACCGCGGGGGUUGAUGGCCAUUUGAUUGAAGCGAAAGAUCGGUUUUCUGAACUAGGUACCUUCUCGAUCUCUAGACGCCUUGCUUUCCAAGGUCCUGACACUGACCCUUAUCUUCGAUACCCCCUUCAAGUAGAUGUUGCAAGCGUGAUGAAGGAGCUCGGGGAUUUGAUGGGACUGGAGCCUUCGGAGGCUGAGACUGCUGGAGUCGCGUCAAGGAACCAGCCUGCUCUCCCCGGGGAUGUCGAGAAUUUUGAUGCUGAGGGUACGGCGCUCUGGCCUUGUUUUCUUUUAGAUCUUGUGUUUUGUGCAGCUUUGUCAUGUGUUUUGGUCUGUGUAGGUUUUAUGAAGAGUUUUGGAGUUUACGGGACCAGAAAUCUUAGUCGGAUCACGGCGUCAUUAUGCGCGAAGGUUUGUGCUGUGUGUUGUUGAGUUGUCUUUUAUUGGCGGUGUUGGUUUUGAGCCUGGUUUUCUUUCAGGCUUUGCUUGCCAGUCGUGCAGCUGUGGGUAGUGCUAGGAAGGAUGAGCAUGAUUUUCUGGCUCACUCUGCUGAGAAGGCUCGCCUGAUGGAGCGGAUUAGCGCUUUGGAGAAAGAAAAUGAAGCCUUGGAGAACCUUCGCGGUUAUUUGACGUCGGAGAACUAGCUCUUGAAGGGGAGGGUAUCGAAAAGGAAGAGACCAUUGCGAAGAUGUAGGAGAAAAUAAGCCUUGACGAAGGUGUUCUUGAGAAACUUCGAAGUGUGGUAGAGAAAGAUGCUACGAAGGUUAUUAACCUUCAAACGGAGGUUCGCCAACUCAAAGCCGAUGUCGAGAGAAAAAAUGACAAGAUCUCAGAGCUUAAGGAGGUUGAGGAGGACCGCGCGAUGUGGGAGUCCGCCUCGCAGGACAUCUUGAGCAAGAGCGCGGCCAUCCGCGAGGAAUACCGCAAGGCUUUGGCAUCUUUUGGUGCUGAGCCCUCGCCUUUCCCGGAGGACUCCGAAUGUGGCGCGUCAGGGCUGCUCGAUUGGCUGUUGGGCGAGUUCGAGGAUCUAGGUUAGAUUUUGGCUAGCGUGUCGGACAACACUGCAGUCAUGACUUGUUAAAGCGUCAUGGCUGUCUUGGCUUGCGAAGGUUGUCGAGAGCUGGAAACAAUUGGCGCGCGGGACUAUACCUUUCCAGAUUAUGCUGAGCUUGAGGAUGAUAUUGCGAAGGUUCAGACUGUUAAAAAGGCUUUCCUUCGUAAAUUUUGGAAGUUUUCUGGUCGGUAAGUGGUUCAGGAGGCUGCGCGACGGAGACUAGAAGAGGCAAGGCGUGCUUGCGAGGCCGCGAAGGGUGUUGUGGAGGAGGGUGCUCGUCUUGAGGACAUCGCGGGAGGGUCCGUGGCUGGCGGGGGCUCCGGGGCUCCAACCGAGAGUGAUGCUUCUCAGGGAAGAGAGGGUUGAUCGAAGUGAAAUAUUGACAUUGGAUAGCAUCAGGCAGACUUUGAUCAGACUAGAAGACAGCAUCAUCUUUGGCCUCUUGGAGAGAGCCCAGUACCGCUACAAUGCUGAUACAUAUGAUAGCAACUCUUUCCACAUGGAUGGUUUUGAAGGAUCUUUGGUUGAGUACAUAGUUACAGAAACUGAAAAGCUUCAUGCCCAGGUUGGGAGAUACAAGAGCCCAGAUGAGCACCCAUUCUUUCCAGAAGAUCUGCCUGAGCCAAGGUUGCCACCUAUGCAAUAUCCAACGGUUUUGCAUCCCAUUGCUGAUUCUAUCAAUAUCAACAAAAAGAUCUGGAAACUGUAUUUCGAUGAGCUUCUUCCAAGAUUGACAAAAGAAGGAAGUGAUGGUAACUAUGGAUCCAGUGCUCUUUGUGACACGUCAUGCUUGCAGGCACUCUCUAAAAGAAUCCACUAUGGGAAGUUUGUGGCAGAGGCCAAGUUUCAGGAGUCCCCAGAAGUUUACAGCCCUGCCAUAAAAGCUCAGGACCCUUUUCAACUCAUGCAGCUUCUAACAUACGAGACGGUGGAGCGUGCUAUCGAGCACAGGGUUGAAGCGAAGGCCAAGAUCUUCGGGCAAGAGGUGAAAAUCGGCGCUGAGGACACAGGCGCCCCACCGGUGUACAAGAUCAACCCCAGCCUGGUCGCCGGACUCUACAGGAGAAUCAUGCCGCUAACCAAGGAGGUUCAGGUCGCGUACUUGCUUAGGAGGCUGGAUUGAGUGCGUUUAUACUGCUCUGAACUCCCAGAUUCGAACUUCAUGGCGUUUGGAAAUAAUUUGAAGGCAGAACGUCAGUAGGUAUCUCUCACUUUUGAGGACUGGUCGGAGAACAUACCGUGGGUGGAGUUGUGGCAGGAACAUGCGGAACCAUCAUGUGGAGUUGUCGCGUACUCGCAUGUGCAUGUAGGGAGUACUACUGUUGAAAGACUUCGAAUGCUGUAUGCGAUGCUGGGUCAUCUUCGUUGGUGGGGUACCCUUGUGAAACAGGGUGCCGAAUGGCGGAACCAUCUACAGUGUCUCAGAAUUAUGAUGAUCUUGCGUUGGUUCCUUUUUCUUC